AUGGACUACUCUCGGCCAUUAUGUGCCCUCUUUGCUCUACUAGUUUUCUACUUAACGCACCUCGCACAAUGCACGAACGCCAAGAUAAACUUCCGGGAGAAAGAGAAACAGAUCUUGGACCAGAUCCUGGGUCCAGGGAGAUACGACGCUCGCAUCAGACCUUCCGGUAUCAAUGGCACUGGCGAUCCGCCGACGUUUGUACACGUCAACAUGUUUCUACGAUCCAUCAGCAAAAUAGAUGAUUACAAGAUGGAAUACUCCGUUCAACUGACGUUCAGGGAGCAAUGGCUAGAUGAGCGAUUGAAGUUCAACAACUUGGGAGGUCGAUUGAAAUACCUGACGCUAACCGAAGCGAACCGAGUAUGGAUGCCAGACUUGUUCUUCUCGAACGAAAAAGAGGGCCAUUUCCACAACAUUAUUAUGCCGAACGUUUACAUCCGAAUCUUUCCCAACGGCAAUGUAUUGUACAGCAUCCGGAUAUCGCUGACCCUAUCUUGUCCUAUGAACCUAAAGCUGUACCCCCUGGAUAAGCAGACCUGCUCGCUGAGGAUGGCCAGCUAUGGCUGGACGACAGAUGAUCUCGUUUUCCUGUGGAAGGAAGGUGAUCCAGUCCAGGUUGUGAAAAACCUACAUCUGCCUCGCUUUACUCUCGAGAAAUUUUUAACUGACUACUGCAACAGCAAGACUAAUACAGGUGAAUACAGUUGUCUCAAGGUGGAUCUUCUUUUCAAAAGAGAGUUCAGUUACUACCUCAUUCAGAUCUAUAUCCCGUGUUGCAUGCUUGUCAUCGUCUCCUGGGUUUCCUUCUGGCUAGACCAGGGUGCUGUUCCCGCAAGAGUUUCACUGGGAGUAACCACUCUUCUCACUAUGGCCACACAGUCAUCUGGAAUCAAUGCGUCACUCCCUCCAGUUUCCUACACGAAAGCUAUCGACGUCUGGACUGGAGUGUGUCUGACCUUCGUAUUCGGGGCUCUACUAGAGUUCGCUCUCGUAAACUAUGCGUCUCGCUCCGACAUGCACAGGGAGAAUAUGAAGAAAACGAGACGGGAGAUGGAAGCCGCCGCGAGCAUGGACGCGGCGUCAGACCUGCUGGACACGGACAGCAAUACCACAUUCGCGAUGAAACCUCUGAUGCGUGGCGCCAAUGACAAGAUGCGACAGUGCGAGAUCCACAUGAGCCCGCCCAAGAAGAACUGCUGCCGCAUCUGGAUGUCCAAGUUCCCGACGCGCUCCAAGAGGAUAGACGUCAUAUCGCGCAUCACGUUCCCUCUCGUGUUCGCGCUUUUCAACCUGGCCUACUGGUCGACCUACCUAUUCCGCGAUGAAGAAGAACAAAAGUGA